AUGGCUUUGAAUAACGUGAGAAGACAGGACUUAUGUGUGCAAUACAAGAAGAGUGAGCCACCAAGGGGUAUUUACAGUGAGAGUCAAUCUCUGAGCGGUAUUGUGAAUCAGACUAUGCCAAUGGCUGCGAUCUUUCUAAAGAACAAGUUUAUAGCGUGGUUUUCGUUGAUACAGAGUGUGCACUCCUACUUGAACACUGAUGAGGAGACCUUGGAAAAGAAUAAGAGCAAGACUGGUAACUCAGCACUCGAUCAGCCACCAUUGGUUAAAGUGGCCAUGAGUCUUGUUGGUAUAUUGGUAUGUUACAUGAACUUGGUGUUCCCAACCCCAGAUGCCCCACCACCAUCCUCAGAGAAGAAGAUUUUGGAUGAAGAGAAGAAGUGA